AAGAAGUAUUUGUCUGCUAGAAAUUGCUUUGAGCUUUCAGAGGGUUACAACAGGCCAAGAGUGACAGACUGCAAUACAAACAACCAUGCUUGUGACCAGGAUUACAUCUUUCAUGCUUCUUUUUGUCCUGCUUUCAAACACAGAGGCAAAGCCGACAUCAACUCUUCGACAAAAGCGCGCACCUAAAUAUUUUUAUUUUCCACGUAUGGGCCGGUCGGCGUUUUAUUUCCCACGGAUGGGCAGGAACAAUGGCCCACAACCAAAUCCAUACAAACAUUAUCCUCUAUUGAGUUCAAAUGAACAAUUAGGAAAUCAGGACCUAGAGAGCAUUGACAUGCCAGAAACUAACGAGCAUUCCUUCGGUCAGCCCGCUCCAUACAAACAGAACCUGCCUGUUAGUAAGAGUCAGAUACUGCCAAGUCAGGGGGAUGACAGCAUGCCCGGGGGUAUCUGUUGUUCCGCUGGUGUAUCCCGUGUGUGGGGCCUCAAAGAUCUCAAGCCUCGUCAUUUAUGCUCAGCGAAAAAAUGUUGUAUUGGACUGACGUCAAAGGUUUAUAUCGCCUCCGAUCUCACUGUAUAUGAACUAUGUGUUUCUGAUACGGCUGAGCAACCAUUAGAGACCAAGAGUUAAUGGAGAGCCAAAUUCUCUUGAUAAUUUAAUAAUGUACCAUUUUAUGUUAUAAUUUUACAGUUAAAUAAAUUUGUAUAUUUGAUUAUAUAACAA